AUGGAAUCCGUCAUCGCCAACCCCAUGGCCCCGGCUGCUUACUUCGUCUACACGCCUGAGCAGACCGACGCUCGCCGCCACGGUGCCUUCAUCCCCCAGCAGCCGCAGCAGCAGCAGCAGCCGCAGGCUGCCUACUACUACAUGAUGCCUGCGACGCCCACAUACUCGCGGCCGAACUCGUCUUCGUCGCAGCAGCCGCAGCCGGUGCUCAUGUCGCAGCCACAGGCACCCAAGUCGUUCCCGCACGGCGCUGCUGCGCCUUUCCCGGCCGCUGCCUACAUCGUCGGCAGCAACGCCCGUCGCUCGGUCGCUGGCCCCACCGGCAAGCCCACGAUCAUGCUGGAGACGGACUUUGAUGUGGACGGCCACGGCUUGCGCCUGCCCUCCACACCGCCGCUGUCCUCGACUGCCUCGAGCGCCAUUGGCAGCCCCAGUGCGUGCGACAUGCUGGCCACGCCUCUGAACCCGAUGUUCUCGGGCCUGGACAGCUUCGAGGCUGCCAAGGACACCGCCAACGCGGUCGACGUUGCUGCUGAGCAGUUCAACGCCGCUGCUUGGUCCAACUGCGCAUCGCCGCCCUUCACACCUGUUUUCGUCCAAGGCCAGUCACAAUCCGUCAAGGGCCUUGCGCCCACUAGCGGCCUUGCCACGCCCGCGGCGCUGACCAGCGACCUGCUGUCUGUCUCAGCUUGCCCGUCCCUGUCUCCCUCCCCAUCGCCCUACGCUCGCUCUGUCGCGUCUGAGCAGGGCAACGACUUCUGCGACCCCCGCAACCUGACGGUCAGUGGCAGCGAGGGCAGCCUCUCGCCCACGUUCUCUGCCAUCCAGACCUCGCUGAGCCCUGCUGCGGACGCCGAGGACGAUUUCAACCUGAAGCAGGAGCACGCGCCGUCUUCUCCUCUGGCCGCCUCUCCUGCACCCGUUGCUGCUGACUUCAUCCCGAGCAACCUGUCGGUUCUCGAGGAGUUCCCUGACCUUGAGUCGGAGGACGACUUCGUCAACACGCUGGUCAACCUGGGCACAGAGUUUUCCUCUGCCUCCAGCAUUGCCUCGGCCGACCUGAGCCUGCGUUCGCGUGCCAGCUCGUCUGUCACUGCGCACUCUGAGAUUGAGUUCUUCGAUUCGUGGGAGAGCACCUCCUUCGAUAGCUCCGAGUCGCACUCUAGCAAGCGCCAGCGGACUUCGUCCGGUAGCUUCCUCGCCAUGUCCACUGUUCCCGAGUCGGACGCAGAGUCGGCUGCUGCCGCCUCUGACAACACCGAGGCUGCUGCCACGGAGGCGCACGAGCCCAAGGAAGCCGAAGCCCCCACCGGCGAGGCCGUCGCUGUUUCUGGCGAGUCGGCUACGCCGGAGGGGGAGGAGAGCACGGAGAGCGUCGCCGCCCCGGUCCCCACCAACCGCCGCGGCCGCAAGCAGUCGCUGACGGAGGACCCGUCCAAGAUCUUCGCGUGCGACCUGUGCAACCGUCGUUUCCGUCGCCAGGAGCACCUGAAGCGCCACUACCGUUCGCUGCACACCCAUGAUAAGCCGUUCAACUGCCACGAGUGCGGUAAGAAGUUCUCUCGCUCUGACAACCUUGCCCAGCAUGCGCGCACGCAUGGCGCUGGUGCCAUGGUCAUGAACGUCUUUGACGAGGCAGACAUGGUCGCUGCUGUUGCCGGCGGCUACAUGCCGCACAUGAUGUACCCUGGCCACCCGGCGGCCAUGGGCGGCGACGACUACUCUGGCAUGGGCCGCGUGCUCUUCCAGGUCGCUUCGGAGAUCCCGGGCAGCGCCAGCGAGCACUCUUCGGACGACAGCAGCGACGGCCAGAAGAAGAAGCGGAAGCGGACAGACUAA